AUGUUGAAUAAUGUAUCAAAGAAUUGUAUACAAUCAUCGUUCUGGUAUACGGUAACGGCAACAUCAGAUGGUACGAAAUUAUCGAAUGCAACAAAGGAUAAAGGUAAUGGUGAGGUAGCUGCGGUACGUGUUAAAGCCCGUUAUCAAUCGGUGCAGAUAUUGCCUAUGCGAGCAUAUACUGAUUUAUUAACUUUCAUCAAACAAUAUUAUUUAUCAUUAUGCUGUGUUUUGGAACCAACAUUAAGUGUGAAAGCAAAGGAAGAUUUGGCAACAGUACUU